CCCGAGCUUUUGGCGCCAACUGAAGGGGAGAAAAGGACAGAGGCGUGACACCAUUUUCUGAAGCCUUGUUAAUCAUAUUGUUAUACCAUGGAAGCAGGGUGGCUUUUAAAACUAGAGACCAAACUGCACUCUGAUUCAGAUCUUGAGGACAUGGAUCUACUGGCAUCCCUCUUGGAUGCGAAUGAAGAGGAAGAGAUUGUGGAAUCUGCAGGAUGUUCUCGGGGUGAGCAGGGAUCACUUGACGAGGAUGACGAAUGGAAUGAGCUGUUCGAUGGAGAUGAAGAGGAUGGUGCCCAGGCUAUGGAAAUCAGUGCUCUCUUUGGGGAUGUGGAUGACUUGGAGGAGGAGGAGGAGGAGAGUAAAAGAAGCGGUCAAAAAACUGACCAACCAUCUCUCACUUCUGAUCAAAAGAAGCCAGAAAAAUCAAAAGUCAAAUUAGAAGCGAAACUGGAACAGAUGAAGCUGCAGAUGGAAAAAUUACAGAGACAGUUGGCAAAGGUUGCAGAUGGUCCAAAAUCCGUCGUUAGUUCUGGGAAGACCUCACCCGAAAACAAGCUGAAAACACCAGGUAAAACUACACGUACUCCACAAAGUAUAAUGGAAAGCCCGUCUUUUCAGGAAGCUCUGCGUAUGCCCUCUUCCAAUCCUAAAACUAGCCUUUUGAAAACCAAGUUAUGCAAGACCCAGCAACCUGCAAAUCCAACAGCAGUCACAGAGAGAAGUCCCACCCAAAUACAGCCUGGAAAUAAGCCGCUACUUCAGCCUCUAAAAACCAGCAACAAAUCUAAUACAACGCAUCAGAAACUUCCUGCAACGGCAGAAGAUUGUGAAAGGCCAGGAACUUCGAGGGCUACAAAUUCUAACAUAGCCAUGGAUAAAUUCUCCGGCUUGAGGCUGAGGAACCCGGUAGUUUCAUCAACGGAGAUGGAGCGAAAGAUGCAAGGUCGAAAGCUGAUCCGUCUCUCCCAGCUGCGUUCAAAACUUGCAAGUGAAAACCUGGAGGAUGCAGACUGGGUUACAUUCGCGGUUGUCAUUAAGAAGGUUACACCUCAGAGCUCUAACAAUGGUAAAACAUUCAGUAUCUGGCACUUAAGUGACCUGCGUAGCAGCAACUUGAAUUUGUCCCUCUUCCUCUUUGGGAAUGUCCACAAAGAGCAUUGGAAAACAGAGACGGGCACUGUUAUUGGGCUACUGAAUGCCAAUCCUAUGAAAUCAAGGGAUGGAUCGGAUGAGGUUUGUCUGUCUGUCGAUCACCCUCAGAAGAUCCUGAUCAUGGGUGAAGCAUUAGACAUGGGAACCUGCCGAGCUAGAAAGAAGAAUGGAGAUCCCUGUACCCAGAUAAUAAAUUUGAUGGACUGUGAAUACUGUGAGUACCAUGUCAAAGCCCAGUACAAAAAGCUUAGUGCCAAGCGAGCUGACUUGCAAUCCAGCUUCUCUGGCCGUGCUCCAAACAAAAUGCAAGGCAAGGGUGGCAGUCUGAAAGCAAGAUUGUGCCAGCAAGGAUUCCACUAUGGGGGAGUGUCAUCAGCAUCAUAUGCAGCUUCAGCUAAAGCAGCAGGUCCUAACAAGAGUGUUCAGAAGACCCUGACGUACAUGGUGGUGAAAGGCGCAGAUGAUAUUGUUAGAGAAACUAAGAAGAAAAUUGCAUUAGCAAAUGGGAAGGAGUUCACAGGCUGCUCAGAAGAUUUUAAGGAUUUAAUGGAAAUGCCUACGUUUGGGGCUCGCAACCUCCAGAAACACUUAAACAAGGCGCCUAUGAAAGGUGGACUAGCUAACAAUGCACAGCCAGGACCUUCCAUCCUCUCUAUAUCUGCUUCUGAACUAUUAAAGCAGCAAAAACAUAAAAUGUUGGAAUCGCGUAAGAAGAGAGCAGAAGAAUUACAAAAAAGGUUUAUGCAGAGCACAAGUGGAAGCAGCAGUCACACGUCUGGGGCUGGAGGGUUGUCCUCUCACUCAUCACUCCAGGUUGGAGCAGAAUUUCCCAAGGAGCAAAAAUUAAUGGCAACACCACAGGCACCUAAACUGGGCAGAGGUUUUGCCGAAGGGGAAGAUAUCCUGCUUUUUGAUUCAUCACCACCUUCAGCACCAAAACUGACCCCUGAUGCAGAAUCCAAGAAGAUGGCUGCCAUUAUCAAACUACGGAAAAAGGGUGCAAUUCUAGCAAAGGAGGACCCCAACAGUGUGAAGAGGAAACUUCCCGACACAGGGGAGAUGCCUGCAAAGGUGCUGGAGCAUAUAGAGAAAAAUCUUUCUUCCACACAUGAUGAAGGAAACGACGAACCAACUUUAAAGAAGCACCGUGAACAGCUGGAGUACCUGGACUCAGAAGAGUUUCAGAAAAUACUGAACGCAAGGUCGAGACAUGUUGGCGCAGUGCAAGAAGUAGAAGCGGAACUUCAAGAACAAUACUUUGAACCACUGGUGAAGAAAGAGCAAAUGGAAGAAAAAAUGAAAAACAUUCGUGAAUUGAAGUGCAGAGUGGUUAGCUGUAAAACGUGCAGGUAUUCAUAUUUCAAGCCGCUGGAGACUUGUGUGAGUGAAAACCAUGACUAUCAUUGGCAUGAUGCAAUCAAACGCUUCUUUAAAUGCCCAUGUGGUAACAGAGCAAUAGCAUUAACGAGAUUGCCAAAGAAAAGCUGCAGCAACUGCGGCUUGUUUAAAUGGGAGAGAGAUGGAAUGUUGAAGGAGAAGAAAGGUCCAAAAAUAGGUGGAGAGCUGCUGCUACCAAGAGGAGAAGAGCAUGGCAAAUUUUUAAGUAGUUCAAAAUGACCCAUGACGGCAAGAAGUAUGAUGUAAGAUGCGACAGUUUUAAUAUAGGCUAUAUCUGACUGGAUAGGUGGUGCUCCUUGAGAACAGUUUUAUUUUCUGAUGUCAAACAUCCAGAUGUAAAAUGAGUGUUUUUUUUUAAAUCAUGAAUAAAAUUACCAUUUUUUUCUUAA